GUCAAAUAUGAUAUAGCAGUCUUCAAAAGCUUCAUAAAAGAAACACAUUAAGGAUGAUAACUAUUGCCUUAUUGAUUGUAAUAGUAUCACUACUCGCCUAUGUUUACAAUUGGGCAAAUAAUAUAAAUCAGACAUGGAAGAGAAGAGGAGUAAAGCACCGAAAACCAGCUUUAAUUUUUGGUAAUGUAACGAUUUUAGUACCACGUAAAGAUCAAAAACAUUUAUCAGUUCUGUGUGCAGAUAUAUGUAGAGAAUUUCCAGAUGAACCAUUAGUUGGGUUUUAUGAUUUUACUCAACCAUGGCUAUUGUUGCAAGAUGCAGAAUACAUUGAAAAAGUGCUUAUUAAAGAUUUUGUUCAUUUUACUGACCAUGGCUUUGCGAUAAAUGAAGAAAAGAAUCCUAUUGAUGCUCAACUUUUCAAUAUGGUUGGAAAACGUUGGAGAGCAUUCAGAUAUAAACUUAGCCCAAUCUUUACAUCUGGCAAACUGAAAAGCAUGUAUGAACCGAUGUCAGAUUGUGGAGUUGAUCUAGACAAUGUAUUAAAAACAUCUAAUAAAGAGGGACUUGACUUUAAACAGCUAAUGACUCAUUUUGCUGUAGAUGUUGUUGGAUCUUCCGUGUUUGGUAUUCAUCCCAAAGCUAUACAAAACCCAAAUACUAAAUUUUGCUCACUAGCUACCGAUCUUUUUACUUUUGGUUUUUUUGAUACAAUUAAAUUUCUUAUAAUGUUCAUUUUUCCAAAACUUUCAAUAAAAUUAGGAAUUUCAUUUAACAAUCAAAAUGCAGUGAAUUAUUACAGUAAAAUACUGAAAGAAACCUUUGAGUACAGAACGAAAAAUAAAGUUGAGAGGAAUGAUUUUGUACAACUUUUAUUGACUCUGAAGGAAAAAAAGAAAAUUGAUGUACAGAAUUGGGAUUCCAACGAUGAUUACUUAAAAGAUGGGGAAGCACCUGCUGAAUUGGAAAGUUAUGAAAUUACUGAAAAUAUUCUUAUGGCACAGGCUUAUGCAUUCUUAGUGAAUGGGAUUGAUGUACUUGCCUUAUCCCAGGUAUAUGCACUAUAUGAAUUGUCAUUGGAGCCAGAAAUCCAAGAAAAGGCUCAAAAUGAAAUUCGAGAACAGAUGAAACUACAUAAUGGUAUUACAUAUACUGCUCUGAAGAAUAUGACAUAUCUGGAAAAAGUUGUUAAAGAAACGUUAAGAUUGCAUCCAGCUGGAGGUACACUUUUUCGAACUUGCACUAAAGAUUAUGUCUUUCCAAAUGGAACAGUUAUAAAGGAAGGAGAAAUGCUUGUAAUUCCUAUGAGUGCAGUUCAUUUAAAUCCAAAUUAUUAUCCUGAGCCAGAUGUUUUCAAGCCAGAAAGAUUUGAUUUGCCAAUGAAACCAGGAACUUUUUUAACAUUUGGAGAUGGUCCCAGAGUAUGCAUAGCAAUGCGAUAUGCGAUUCUCUUGAUUAAAUAUGGCAUAGUAAAGAUUUUAUCAAACUACAAAGUAACAUUAAAUACUAAAACUGAGCUUCCUAUAAAACUUAAGCCAAAUGCAGCAAUUGGAACACCAACAAGUCCUUUACUGUUCGAUUUAGAAGCAAUAAAUAAGGAUUAUUAACAAAAGUUAGUUGCAAUGAGUCAAAUUGUUGUUUUUUAAAACAUUUUACAACAAAAGAGCUGUAAUAUUUUAAUAGAAAAUAAUUAAAGAUGAUAUGGUAUAUAUUAAGUACUUUAUAAAUGUUCAGUUAUCUUUUAUUGCAAUAAGUAGAAAACUAUAAGUCUUAUAGAUAGUGAAUAUCACAGCUUUUUGUGAUGACAAGAAAUUUAAUUAAAGGUAUGUUAAACAUAUUAUAUAUAGUCUGAUUUUAA